AUGCUUCGGGGCUCAAGUCAGCUGCUAGAGAGCUUUAACGCUGGUGUCUCUUUCGUAUCUCCGGUUUCAGGAGGCAGUAUUGUAUAUACACCUUCAGAAUACGGCUCGACUCCAGGUUCUGCGCGCUACAACUCUCCGAUUCAUACUAUAUCACCAAUGACACCUGAGUCUCAACCUCAUACGCCGAGUCAAAUACCACCACAGCCACCUACGAAACAAGAAGAGGCCAGGGAAGGCGAAGAAAGGAAAACACCUAGAAAACGCAAGCCAUUCGCCCUCAGAUCACCCAAGACAAACAAUUACAAGAAGUACUCAGCUUAUGCUAAAGAAGGCAGGCUACCUGCAACACCACUCCCAGGGACACCGGAAUACCAAAGAUACUGGCACAAAUUUUCAAACCACAACGACGAAGAGAAUGAAAACAAUGGCGAUCAAACACCCAUUCAAGAAGCAGCCGAAGAAAACUCAGAAAUCCCCUUCUCCCAAAGAACACCCACCCAAAGAUCUCCCCACCCCAACUCCCGCACCUCGCCCCAACACAAACCUCUUACCCCUCACCCCCUCCACACCCUAAAAGAAGAAGAAACCGACAAUCCCACCACCCCUCCCAAGUCCCGAAAACCCACCCGCAUGAUCUCCUUCACCGGGCGCGAUUCCUCGCGCACAAAAGACAUCGUCAACGGCGAGGUCUCCAAUCGCCCAACCACGAUCGUGAGUAACCAAAACCGGCCUUCCUACGAAGGACCCGGGACGCCGAGUCCGUGGAUGAAUUUUGGGACGUUGAGGAGUCCUGUGAAGGAGACGUGGAAUGUGCUGAGGGAGAGGUUUAGUGCGAAGGAGGUGGAGAUGAAGGACCGUGAGCGGAGGGUGGAGGCCAGGAGGAGGGAGAUUGAGGGGAAAGGAGGGAUUUGGAGGAUGGGUGAGGGGGUGGAACCGCAGGAUCCUAAUAGUAUGUUUGUUUGUUUCUGGUGUGAUUCAUUGAUCUGGAUAUGGGCUUUGCUGAGUGGGUAGCUGGGAAUGUGCCUAUUUGGUUUUAG